AAAAGAAUACAUUUUUCCUAGUGUGGUUUUACUUCUUUAAUUAGUGGAUAUAAUUCAAUAUACAAAAGUUUAAACAUGAGUGUACAACUGACAUCCCUGGAGAAAAGGCCUAACGGAGGUGAAAUUAACUAUGGCUAUACCCCACCGGACUAUGACAGUUUAAAACAUUCUGAACCUACCAAAGUCUCCCAAAUCCAUGUUCAAGUGGAUCCAGAUGACGAGGAGCAGGAAAAUUACACCGGAUGUGCUAAGGUGGCGAAUAAAAUCCAAACUGCAGUCAGUAUUGUUCUCAGCAAACAUGGAAAGAAAAUCAGUUUGGCUUUCAAACUUCUAAUCCUGUUGCUUUACUUUGUUUAUUUCGGCUACGCCAUAUACUACAGAUUUGGAGACGAGGGUUCGAUUCGACUUCUGGUUUGUACGAUAUUAGGAGUGCUUUUACUACUGAUUCACAUUUUUCAACGCAUGUGUGAGUCUAAAAUCAGUGUAUGUUCUCAAAGGGACAAAACUACAUCAAAGGGAUUUCGAAAGGCAAGACGAUAUACAGGGCGGUUUCUAAUGUUAGCGGUAUUCGUUGCAUUGACUGUCUUCAUUAUUGUUGACGUCCUGUUGGAUUAUCCCCAGAACGCUGUAUCCAUUGCCGGUCUUGCGAUCUAUAUUAUCAUUUUCUAUAUAUUCUCAAAAAAUCCUGCCAAGGUCAACUGGCGGCCGGUAUUUUGGGGGUUUGCCAUACAAUACAUUUUUGCCUUGAUAAUUCUAAGAACAAAGUGGGGAUACGAGGCGUUCCAAUGGUUGGGUGACCGGGUUACAGAGUUCCUCAACUACUCUAACGCUGGCGCAAUAUUUGUGUUUGGUGAACUUUACACAAACCACUUCUUUGCAUUUAAGGUACUUCCAGUAGUGGUGUUUUUCUACACGGUUACCUCUGUUCUGUAUUACCUUGGGGUCAUGCAGGUCAUUGUAAAGAGAAUGGGAAUGUUCCUAGCUUUCUGUUUAGGGACAACUCCCGCCGAAUCCCUCAAUGCGGCGGGUAACAUUUUUGUGGGUAUGACCGAGGCUCCGUUGAUGAUCCAACCUUUCCUAGAAGAUAUGACUAAGUCUGAACUUCAUGCUGUUAUGACUGGAGGUUUUGCUACAAUUGCUGGAUCAGUCCUGGGGGCAUACAUAAGCUUUGGUGUACCUGCAAAUCAUCUAAUCAGUGCCUCCGUUAUGUCUGCUCCAGCUGCUUUAGCUAUCUCAAAACUAGCAUACCCAGAGACAGAAAAGCCAAAAGUCAAGGGCAACGACUUCGACAAGAUGGGAAAAUCAAAAGACAGAAAUGUGAUAGAGGCCAUUUCCUCAGGGGCCAGUAAUUCGGUCAAGGUCGUGGCAGCCAUUGCUGUAAACGUCAUGGCUUUCUUGUGUGUUUUAGAGUUUGUCAACAUGACUCUGACGUGGUUUGGCGACCGUGUUGGUAUAGAAAGUCUGUCCUUUCAGCUGAUCUGUUCAUAUGUGUUCUACCCGAUCGCCUUCUUCAUGGGGACGGAUAUACCGGACUGUCGUCGUGUAGCGGAACUGAUCGGGAUCAAAACUUUUACCAAUGAGUUUGUGGCUUACACAGAACUCUCCCACCUGAUCACCAACAAAAGGAACUUCACGGAGUACACAGCCACGUGGAAUUCCUCCUCAGACUGGUUCUAUCAAGGGGAGGAUAUCAUUCUGCCAUACGUUAAUCAGACCCUCAAGAAAGGAAUUAUCUCGGCUAAAUCAGAAGUUAUAGCGACGUAUGCGCUGUGUGGGUUCUCAAACUUUGGUUCUAUGGGGAUAUUUCUGGGAGGGAUGUCGGCAUUGGUUCCCUCCCGACGAGGAGAUCUUUCAAAGAUCGUUCUGAGGGCCAUGAUUGCGGGAAAUGUCGCCUGCUUCUUAACAGGCUGCAUAGCAGGUCUUCUUUACAAAGAUUACGGAUCGAAUUUGUAGAAUCCAUCACCUUCCGCGUUUUGCAAUACUUCGUUAUAUUUGAUUUUUUAUUAUCGAAAAGUUGUUUCACUUCAUCCAAACUUUAUUACAAACUAAUUACGAAACUAUGAACAAAAUGCAUGUAUUGUUAAGCUACAGUUAAAUCAAUUAUUUUUCAGUAUGGAAUUGGAUGAAACACUUAUGUCUUUUGUCUCAAACAGUGUUUCUAUCUGAUUUUAUAGAG